GCGCAAUCGAAGUGGAAGUACAUGUAGUGUACCUGUACCCAAUUGCCCCACUUGUGGCUGCGAUUUUCCCAUCAAACCCGCAAAGUUGUGUCUCGAAGUCGCCCAUUUGGAAAGUUCGGAUGCAAUACCGCGGCAUUACAACGAAUCUUUCACGGCCGUCUGCUCGCUCUUGCCCCUCCAGCUUCAAGUAUCAAAAGGUUCCUGUCGCCCUCUUCCGGUCGCCUCCUUCCAGGUUGCUUCGUCCCUUCACUCCUCCUCGCUCCCUCUGGUCCUGUGGCCUGGUCUUGCCGUCCUCGUCCAAUUUAGCUUCAGGAAUUUCGUCGUCCCUCCACGUCGUCUUCCUCCUCCUUCCUCCCACUCUUCUCUACCUGACCUACCAAGACCUUUUUGACCAAGGCAAUCGCGUGCGGCAAAUCCCCCCUCCUCCAGCCAGCACCACUCCAUCCAUCUUUGCUCAAGAUCUUCAGUUUUCUUGCUGCACCUCCUCCUUCUUGCUCAGCCUCUUGCUACGCAGCCUCGAUUGUUUAUUGUUGACGUCGACAUUGAUCGAGCAAUCGCACGACACACACUUUCCCCUUACAUCCCUGCAGAGAUACCCCGUGCGGCUUCUGUCGUAAUUUUCCACCCACUUUCCAGCUUCUCCACGACAACUUGACUCGUCUCUUUCCACUACCAUAACCCUUAAUUACCACCAGCUGCCCCGCCUCACGACAUUCUGCCACACCACAUCUUUGCUUUGCCGACGAGGAGCUGGAAACUGACAGCAGCAUUCUUUUUUUGCAGGCGAUUUGUUAGCUGAG